CCGGGAAAAACAAAUAAAUAAAAAUUGAUUUUAUAAUUUAUAUUCGCACCAGCAUCUGUAAAAUCGCUCCAGUCCACAUUGUACUUUCCAUCAGUUCCGUCGGCCGCCAUUUUCCUCGACGCCGCUAUCCAAGCUGUUUUCGGCUACUCAGAAGGGUGAUAUGUCGACUUCCAGCGGUGAAGGAAAAACUUUGCGUAAAAAGUUGAAAAAAGUUGUGCUAGCCUAUAGCGGUGGUUUAGAUACCUCUAUAGUUGUACCUUGGCUUAGGGAGAACUAUGGAUGUGAGGUUGUUUGCUUCACUGGAGAUGUUGGUCAAGGGUUGCAAGAACUGGAAGGCUUGGAGCAAAAGGCCAAGGCUAGUGGAGCUUGUCAGCUGGUGGUGAAGGAUCUGAAGGAGGAAUUUGUGAGAGAUUUUAUUUAUCCGUGCUUGCGUGCUGGGGCAAUCUAUGAGAGGAAGUACUUGCUUGGGACUUCAAUGGCACGCCCAGUAAUUGCAAAGUCCUGUUAUUCAUCUUGGUCUGUGAAAUUAUAUCUUGAAAUACCUAGGCCAUGGUUGAUGUUGCCAAAGAAGUUGGAGCUGAUGCAGUUUCUCAUGGAUGUCCGCUUUGAGCUCACUUUCUUUGCCUUGAACCCCAAACUCUCGGUGGUUGCUCCUUGGCGAGAGUGGGAAAUAACAGGACGCGAGGAUGCAAUUGAAUAUGCUAUUAAACAUAAUGUGCCUGUUCCUGUGACUAAGAAAUCCAUCUAUAGCAGAGAUAGGAAUCUGUGGCAUCUCAGUCAUGAGGGGGACAUCUUGGAAGACCCUGCCAGCGAGCCAAAGGAGGACAUGUACAUGAUGACUGUUGACCCUGUCGAGGCACCUGAUCAGCCCGAGUACGUGAAAAUCGGUAUAGUUGAGGGACUCCCUGUUUCAAUAAAUGGAAAGGAACUCUCACCCGCAUCACUACUCUCGGAACUCAACGAUAUUGGCGGGAAACACGGGAUUGGUCGUGUGGAUAUGGUCGAAAACCGUCUAGUCGGAAUGAAAAGCCGUGGGGUCUAUGAAACUCCUGGUGGCACAAUCCUCUUCACAGCUGCACGCGAACUCGAGUCCCUAACGCUUGACCGUGAAACCAUCCAAAUCAAAGAUUUGCUCGCCCUCAAGUAUGCUGAGCUGGUAUAUGCCGGCAGGUGGUUCGACCCUCUUCGUGAGUCAAUGGAUGCAUUCAUGAAGGAAAUCACAAAGACGAGUACCGGAUUCGUGACCCUGAAGCUCUACAAAGGAUCCGUGACUGUAACGGGCCGCGAAAGCCCGAACAGUCUUUACAGGCAAGAUAUUUCCUCGUUCGAGAGUGGGGAGAUCUACAAUCAAGCUGAUGCUGCCGGUUUUAUCCGGCUCUAUGGAUUGCCCAUGAGGGUUCGUGCUAUGCUCGAGAAUGGCCUCUGACAACCAUGUUAGUCAUGAUCCUUUUUCUUUCCCCUACUAUUACGUAAGAAAUUUUAAUUUCAAAGUUUUAGUAUGCUUUUCAUGAUUUAUUAUUGUUGUACUCGUGUUAAUCAGCCGGUUUUAUAACAAUUGAACCAUCAUUAUCAAUAAAUGGAAACUAUUACUUUGGCGCGCAUAUA